ACCCUGUAAAAGUUCGUUUUCUCUGAGGGCAGACAGCAAGGCGGAGAGUUACGGAGAGACGGAGACAUAUCUGCGCGCCGCCGACUGAUACCCAGCGCGUCUGUUCUACAUGUGAACCACGAAAACAUCUUUUUCUUGAUGAAGGAUGCUUUUUUUUCUUUUUGUGGAGGUCUUGUCCUUCGUGUACGCGCUCUGGAGUCGGCGAAAUCUCCAUCUUCCAAGAGUGAGGAACACAGAGGCCAUGUCCGCUUGAAUGCACGACCAGAGACGGCAAAGGCGUGAGAGUUUAACGAGCCUUGAUUCUCUCAGUUUCCUUCCCUCAGCUUUUCUUUCGUUCUCUCUUCUUGUGCCUCUUUUCGCGCUGCCUCGCCAUCGCACUCCAGAAAACAUGAGAUGUCCUCCCUGUCUCCAGAGGGGAACAACACAACGCAUGCGCGAAGAGUUACACGAGGCCCUGCACAAGAGUCCAGGCUCCAGAGAAGCCAUUCAUUCACUUAUACAUGUUUGUAUAUUCGUAUCUGAGCAGGCGCAGUUUUGUAUUCGUAUAUGGAUAUUUGGAUAUCUGCAUGCGGCUCCGAAUCCUGAUGAAAUGUGUGUUUCGGUGCAUGCGAGGUGAUGCACAUGAAACAUCGACAUGAGCGUGAAAGGCAGAUGGGGAAUAGAUCUACAGAAAUAGCGUCAUCGUUCCUCGCGAAAACGGCGCAUACCUCGCAAUCUGUAUUCCCUGCGUUUAUCUGGUGGAGAUUUACACAGUUUAGUUCCCGCCUAUUUUUCGAGGCAUUUCGACGGAUUGCCGCCUCUUCGUUUCCUCCUUCAUCAGCCAUGACGCCGAGGCCUGCGUGUCAACUGCGUAGCCUCUCGGGCGGCUUCUCUCGAAGCGUCUGCCUCCGCUCCUUCUCUCGUUUUCCUCCCAGUUCUCCUUUUCCCUCCCCCUCCACAGACUCUUCGUCUCCAUCUUCUUUCUCAUCUUCUUCGUCUUCUUCUUACUCCUCCUUGUCGGAUAACGUCUCUUCCUCUUCUUCUUUAACGCAUGUGCAUCCUUCCUCCAACCUUCUACCUUGUCCGCUUCCGAUUUUCUCUUCUUCUCUCGUUUCAGAUGUCUCUGCUACUUCGUUGUCUGUGUCUCAUAACUGGAGACAUAUUCAGUGUUUUUCGUCUUCAUGUCCCUCUUCUGUCCCUGUCACUGCUGAGCGUUGCGGUCGGGCCGCUUGCUCGCCGAGUUACAGUGUUCGUUUGUCUUUCUCCCCUUCAAGUGUCUCUUCAUCUGACAGUUUGCUUUCCUUCUCUCCUCAUUUCCACCGUUCCUCUUCUUCUUCUUCUCGUUCUCAUUUCCACCAUUCUUCUUCUCCUUCUCCUCCUUCUUCUCCUGCUCGUCCUUCUUGUCUUUUUUGCCGCUCUUCUGCCUCCGCGCUCCGUGCUUCUUCUUGUUGCUGUGCCAUCCUCUCCAGUCCUCGUCCUGAGUCAUCGCUGUCUCUGUUGACGCCUGGUCUCCCUCGGGCCGCUGCGUACGCGUGCUCUCCCUCCUGCGUCGCUUCCUCCGCGUUUUCUUUCUCUUCGUUUCCGUCGCCUUCUCGGCCUUCCUCCGCCGCCUCUCUGGUCGCGUCCCUCCCUUCUCUCGGUCCUCACCAACUCGCGCCUGCCGCACGCAAGCUGCUGAACGAAGGCAUCUUGGAACCGCAAAUCUGGCGCCAACUCUCCCAGCGAACCAUCGCCAUCUGUGACGAACUGAAUGUCGAACAAAUCGCCCUCCUUCUCAAAGUCUACGCACUACGGAAGCUUCAGGAUUUCAACCUCUUCUCACACCUCUCAGCUCGCCUCAUUGCUCUCGCCCAGGCGUCCUCUCCUGAUUCUGAGCGCACAUGUUCUCUCGCUUCCUCUUCGUUUCCUCCUUCCUCUUCUUCUUCCUCUUCGUCUUCCUCUUCUGUGCUUUCUUCUUCGUCGCCUUCUCCUUCUCCGUUCCGCGGAGUCGAUUUGACAAAUAUUUUGGUUGCCUGUGGCCGGCUUCUCUUUUCAGACAGACGUUUGCAUGCGCUGCUAGCCACGCAACUCGUACAAGUCGUCUCCGAGCUGAGACCUAAAGAUCUUGUCAACAUUGCCCACGCCUACGCGAAACUGAGGAUAGCGGAUGAAGAGUUCUUUCGACUGGUCGCGAAAGCGCUACCUCCCUACGUGUACGACUUGACGCCGAUCGCAUUGGCAAAUGUCUGCACAUCUUUCGCGAGCGUGGGUUUGUAUGAGGAGAAAUUGUUCGACGCAGUGACGGCAGAAGCAGAGAGAAGAAUUUCCGAAUUCGGCGGCUGCGAGCUCCUCAGUCUUCUGCUCGGCCUGGGCAAAAUGCAGGCGGCUCUACCACCCAACAAGAAGCGACGGGAUGGCAGUUGCAUCAGCGCCAUUCUCCGAGCAUUGCGCGGUCGCAUGGGUCCGUUUGGUUUCGUCCAGAAUCUUCAGGUUCUGGAGUCUCUUGUACUUCUCGGGCACUACGAUUCUCUCUUCAUUCACACGAAACUUCUUCCUGCGCUCCUCGCUCGACGGCCAACGCCUCCAGGCGCCAGCGUCUCGGGGAGGCCUCACAGCCCCGCAGAAGCUGCUGCAGCUGCCACUGCCGAAACCGUGUUGGGACUCUACCUAAGAGUGCUGUGCUGUCUGUACCGCCUCCCAAACCUAUCCCAGACGGGGAUUCAGCUUCUGCAAGAAGUGGCCGAGCAGAUGCCGCGGUGCUUCCAAAGGACGCAGAUUGCAGGCAUGGCUGCAGCGCUUCAUCUGCUCCAUAAGCUCGACUGCCACGACUAUGACUGUUUUUCCAAGGCCGAGGCGAUUCUUUUAGCCGAUCGGGUGGCCACACUCCGUCAGCUGCGUUUCGCGAAUGUCCUGCAACUGCGAGAAGCUUUCCGGGCUCUUGGUGAUGAGGAACACUGGGGAGAAGUGCUCAAGUUCUUGGAUGACGUCGUCCAGGAAACUGAGACUCUCGUGAGCGAAGCACGCGGCACAGAAGACGCGCAUGCGACGACUGGCAUGGAUAGAGUCCACGGUGCGAUGAAGGUGGAAAGACGCACGGCGGUUUACGGGGAUUCUGCGAAUGACGAAACUGCUCACUUGAUGCGCGAUGAGCGAACCAGCGCAUCUGACCGCGGGCCAGAUGCGCUGGCACAGAAAUCAUAUUUAGCACGGGUAACAGAGAAUACUUUUGAUGAACAGGGUUCGCGCAGCGAGGAGGUCAGUUUUGGCGACAGUGACAGCGUAUGCAACACGCGAAAACCCGCUGGCUCUAGGCGUUCGGAAACUGUGGAGUUUAGUCGAGUUUCCGAUUCAGAAAGGGAAUCGAAAAAUGAGCUGGAAUUGCGGCCAGCAGAUGCAACUCAACCAGUGCGGAGACGAGACGCGGUAGUUCAUGCGCACCAGUACAGUCCAGAUGGCGAAUACACCACACGGCCAGUGACUCUGGACAAGCACGUCAAAAAAAAGAAUCGAGCAACUGGGGGAGUGAAGCCAGGGGCAGAACAAGAGUAGUCGUAAGUCCCUGACGAGGGAAAGAUACUUCUGCUGCGCUUGCGGUCAACUGUCAGCUACAGUCUCAGGUGUCUGCGAUGGGUAGGGGUGAAAAUUUCGAGCAAUAGACUGGAAAGGAAUGCUUCAGGGGCGCCGGCGUGACUGCUGGAUAGGCGAGGGGCAUGCUUAGUUCUGUGCUUGCGUUUGCGAGACAAUAUGAAGGCGUCCAAAUCUGCAGGGGACCUCCAGAAACUCCUUUUCAAAGUGAAUUGACG